ACUCACCACAGCGCAAACACACUGAUUGAUCCAUACUGAUGUCUCCUGUUAACUAGUGAAUGCCAAUUGGCAGCUUCACGCAACUCGCCGACGAGUUGUCCCCAGCUAUCGCUUGACGAAGACUUACCCAUUGUUUGCGCUCUACGCCCGUCAAAAUGCUUCCACUACUAUCGCAAUUAUUUCGGACGCACUACUCACAUACAAACUCCCGAUCUUUACCGCCUUUAUAUGUACCCUGCCUUAAAUUACAGCGGCAGCACGCGGUUUGACGGCCCUCGGCUCAUAUCCAUCGACUACACCAAUACCGAGCAUAAGUACACCUUCGAAAACACCCUGCGAAGACAAUCAUAAUAUGGCCUCAAUCUUCACAUUUGACCCCGAUCCGCCACGCGUUUCAUCGCCGUGGGCGACGCCUCCUGUCGGCAAUCCUGCGAGGUCAUCGACCCCUCAUCAGGAAGCUAAGCCACUUCCUUCGAAGCUUAGUAACAAUGACGACCAGGGAGGAGGGUACGCUAGCUUCCAAACAUCUGGCGUCGACUAUACAAAAAUCACGAGACUGGAGGCGGAGCCACAAGAGGGCCCGACGGAGUAUAAGCUCCACUUGCUUCUUCGACGGCGGAGAUCCUUCACCCGUGCCAGCACUGGACGGCAUGCCUCAGGGUCUAUACGUCAAAGUGACAUUCCUAUACCUACUUCUGUGGGUCGCAGCGUGUCGGAACCAGGCCUCCUACCUGACACUCCGCCUCCGCUAGUAUCUACCCAAUCUAGGCAGCAUCGCCUUGAGCAGUUGACCACUCAAUUAUUGUGGCGACUGCAGCAGUCGUGUCCUUAUCAUAUUUCCUCGUCAACUGCCCCUGUACUUCCCCACCUCCCUGAAAAUGCCAAACUCUCCACUCCUGAUAUGCCUCAACGGCUACUUCCGGGGUUGGAGGAGAGUAAGGGCGCGCUGUACGAGAUUGGGGUAGCUGAUGACGGCACCAUUGUAGGUCUAGCGCAAGAUGAGAUGGAGGAAAGCCUAAACAAUUUGCGCGCCAUGGCGGCAAGUUUAGGAUGUGGGGUCGAAGUCCUGCGUAUGGUGCCUGUUGGUGAGUGUGAGUGGGUUGAAAAUGCUGGCAUGCCGCAGCAGAAGAUGCAGGCAUCGAAAUUAGUGGUUGCCGAAGCUUUGGUUCGCCCGGAGCAGCACCUAAUUGAUUACACGAAGAACACUCAGCAGGAGGCCGGCAAUCGGCGGGUAGCUCCUGAAACCAGUGACAGGUCAGUGGUAAUUGAGACCAAUGAGUCUCGUCGGAUGACUGAACAGCUGCGGGUGUCUGUGACGGGCCCGACCAUGUCUGGUAAAUCCAGUCUACUCGGCACAUUGUCAACAGCUACACUAGACAAUGGGCGAGGCAAAAGCCGUCUUAGUUUGCUGAAACAUAGACAUGAGAUUGCGUCCGGUAUGACAAGCUCUGUCACGCAAGAGCUCAUAGGCUAUCGUGAUAUAACCGAUCAUGAGACGGCAACUGCAGUUCAAGUCAUCAGCUACGGUUCUGGCGACGUCUCUUCCUGGAUCGAUAUACACGCAGCAGUCGAGAACGCGGACAAUGGCAGGCUUGUCUUUCUUUCGGAUUCCGCGGGACACCCACGGUUCAGGCGGACCACUGUUCGCGGUAUUGUUGGCUGGCAACCACAUUGGACACUCUUGUGUGUUCCCGCAGACAAUACGGAGGAUUCCUCGGGUAAGAUUGGGGCUUCACCCACCUCCCAAGAGCUGCUCGGCCCUGCUGCCGCAGAUCUUGACCUGUCGCAGGCGCACAUCCAACUUUGCCUUAAUCUUGAAUUACCUCUCGUGAUCGUCAUCACCAAGUACGACCUAGCCACGAAAGCUGGUCUGCGUCACACACUAUCCAAAUUAUUGUCAGCUCUCAAAGAAGCCGGUCGGAGGCCAUGCAUUAUUUCAGAUCCGUCGGCAUCCGUCCUUGAGGGAAACCUACACUCAAUUUCUACGGAGGACCUACAGGAAGCUGAUAAUGUUGUGCAACUGUUAGAGGCCUCACCACUUACCGCCGUACCCAUUAUUCUCACGAGUGCUGUCAAAGGAACUGGGAUCAACAAGUUGCAUGCUUUCUUGCGUCAACUUCCUGUACCCCAAGAACCGACGUCUCGAUCGACGACUUCGCCGUCUCACCUGUUCUACAUUGAGGACAUCUACAGCGUACGGGCGAACACGUCGAAUGACCGCUCUGUAAUUAUCGGAGGUUACCUCCGUUAUGGCACAUUAGCAAUUGGUGAUGAUCUACUAUUGGGCCCAUACCCGGUAGAUGUGAGCUCAGAUGAUAGUGACAGCGGCAGCGGACGACCGCCCAAAUCCUCUGCCCCAACUUCACGAUCAUUUCCUGGCGCCUUGAACACGAAACGAAAUGCCUGCCUACGUGAUCGACACAGUGAAUGGCGACGGGUCCGCGUCACAUCACUACGCAACCUGCGCCUCCCUGUACGGGCAUUGCACGCCGGCCAGGUCGGCACUGUGGGCAUUGUACCCGUCGACACACCUAUCGUCAGCCCAUCGAUUAACAGGAUAAGAAAAGGCAUGGUACUCGCAGCUAGGGAGCCGACGGCCUUCAGGGUCAUUCAUGUACGAUUCGAGGGUGCACAAGCGCGUGGCAUAAAAUAUCUAAGUGUCGGAAGUGCAGUGGUUGUCUACGUUGCGAGCGUGAGGGCGUCCUCAAAAGUCAUCUCUGUUGCUUCGGAACCCAUUGUGGUCCCCAAGGCUAGCAGCAAGGAUAAUGACGAAGAUGAGGAUGCAUUCGGAUUCGGCUUUGAUGACGACGCAGAAGACGUAGACGAGCAAAAUCACACUCUCUCUAUGGCGGCUACCGUUGUCACUUUCCAGUUCAUUGCUUCCCGCGAAUUCGUGGAACUUGGGGCAAAAGUGCUGGUGAUGCCUGGAGGAGGCCCCGGUCUCUCAGGAGGUAAUGAGCGCGGUGCGAAAGGUCUCGCUGGUCUCGAGAGUUUUGUUGGUCGAGUCGUCGAGGAGUGA